AUGAGUGAAGUUGCCUGUGAUGCGAUAGUAGGAAAGUUUCAGGAAGCCAGCAGGACUAGAAUACGUCCUUUGCAUGCGGACACUAGUCCAUCAGGAAAGGCUGGAAACUGGUGGAUGCGCCAGAUGAAAUGGCCCUCUCUUGAGAUGGGGUGGCCUCCGGAGGGCUCACUGGAUGGAAAGGUGAUCGCAGCCGUAUUCUACCGAGUCCAGGUGCCAGGCCCCUGUGGGCACCCGGAACAAUUUCCUUACAUUUUAGUGUGGCAAGAUAUAGUGACUAACCCACUCCCAUGGCUAAAACAUUUUCUUCCGAACCUCUCUGUUAAGGUUCCACAAGUAUUGGGAGGGAAUGGAGCAAGUGCUCCAAGUGUGUCGCCCAUCAUUACGGGCCCAGCCUCCAGCCUCUGCCCACACCAGAGGGACUCCCAGGAGGCUGAAGCUCCAUCGUCUACUGUCCAGGCGCUGUCUCUCAGAGAGAUUGGCCCGCCCUGUGAGGACAGAAGCAGAACCAGGCAGUAUUGGCUGUUUUCAACAUUGGACCUGUAUAACUGGAAAGCGCAAAACGCCCCCUUCUCUGAAAACCCCCAAAGCCUAAUUAAUUUGUUAGAUUCUAUAUUGUUUAUUCAUAACCCCACUUGGGAUGAUUGUCAGCAGCUAUUGCAGGUUUUGUUCACCACUGAAGAAAAAGAAAAUAUCUUGACUGAAGCCAGGAAAAAUGUGCCUGGGGAUAAUGGGCAACCGACAAUGCUUCAGAAUUUAAUUGACUCUGGGUUCCCGUUAUCUCAUCCCGGUUGGAACUUUGAACAACAUGAAGGUAGGGAGCGUCUCCAAAAGUACUGCCAGAUUCUAAUGGCUGGUCUCCGGGCGGCGAGGAAGCCGACUAAUUUGGCCAAGGUAAACCUAGUCAGGCAGGGGCUGACAGAGAGCCCUGCAGCAUAUCUAGAGAGGUUGAUGGAAGUGUUUAGACUGUAUACUCCCAUGGACCCGCUAGACGAUGAGAGUAGAGCAGCAGUGGUCCUAUCUUUUGUAAACCAAGCAGCCCCUGAUAUCAGAAGAAAGCUUCAGAAGAGAUUAGGUGAGCAGACCCUACAGGACUUAAUGAAAGUAGCAGAAAGGGUGUAUAAUACGAGAGUAACCCCAGAGGAAAGGGAGGAAAGAAUACGGAGGGAGGAAUGUAUCCAAGCUAAAGAGAAUAAACAAAAUCAGAAGGAGUUAGCAAAGAUUUUCUUUGCCAGAGCUCGGGGAGACAUAGGGAGAGGGAGAGGAAGGAGACCAGACCAACAUGACAGGCCCCGCCAAGACCCACCCUUGACCCCGAACCAAUGCGCAUUUUGCAAAGGGACUGGACACUGGAAGAAUGAAUGCCCAAAGAAAGAGAACACAAAAUAUGAAAAGCCUGCUCCUGUUAGGACGUUGAUGGCAGGCAAGGACAGCGACUAGGGGAGACAGGACUCAGAACCCCUCCCUGAGUCUUGGGUAACCUUGAAGGUGGGGGGGAAGCCAGUAGAGUUGCUGAUGGACACAGGGGCUCAGUACUCUGUCCUAAAUAAGAAGGAGGGAAAGAUUUCUUCAAAAACUAGCCUAGUCCAGGGGGCAAUAGGGGCAAAGCAGUAUCAUUGGACAACGCAGCGACAAGUGAAUCUGGGAACUAAGCAAGUGUCCCAUUCAUUCUUAAUUGUACCCAAUUGUCAUGCACUGCUGUUAGGAAGAGACCUAUUAUCCAAAGCCCAAGCCCGUAUAUUCUUUCACAAAAAUGGUGUCCAGGUUACUGAUGGGGAAGGCUCCCCUCUACAGGUCCUGACGCACGACGAAUACCACUUGUAUAAAGAUGUAAAAGACCAACGUGCAGGCUUAACAGAUAUAGCUCUGUGGCUGGAAAUGUUCCCCCAAGCCUGGGCAGAAACUGGAGGAAUUGGAUUGGCAAAACACCGACCACCCAUUAUUGUGGACUUAAAACCAUCUGCCACACCUGUAAGAGUCCGACAGUAUCCCAUGCCCAAGGAAGCCCGGGAAGGCAUACAACCCCACAUCCAGCGGCUGUUAUGGGAAGGGGUACUAAAGAGGUGCCGGUCUGCAUGGAAUACACCUCUCCUCCCAGUAAAGAAACCAGGCGGAGAGUACCGACCGGUGCAGGAUCUGAGAGAGGUAAAUCACCGAGUUGAAGACAUACAUCCCACAGUACGUAACCCUUAUAUGCUGCUCAGCAAUCUUCCCGCAGAUCAUGUGUGGUAUACUACCCUGGACUUGAAGGAUGCUUUCUUUAGCCUGCCCUUAGCCCAGCAGAGCCAAGACAUUUUUGCCUUCAAAUGGGUUGAUGAGACAAAUAAAAUCCUCGGCCAGCUGACCUGGACAAGGUUGGUCCAAGGGUUCAAGCACUCGCCCACUUUGUUUAACGAAGCCUUGAGUGACGAUCUAAGUGAGUACCAGGGCCAAAACCCGCAAAUAACCUUAGUACAAUAUGUAGAUGACUUGUUAACAGCAGCCCCCAACCAGGCAGGGUGCCUCAAAGCAACCAGGAGAUUGCUCACCACUCUGGGAGAGCUGGGAUAUUGAGCUAGUGCCCAGAAAGCUCAGAUAGCUAAGCCAGAAGUCACAUAUUUGGGGUAUAAGUUAAGAGCUGGGCAGAGGUGGCUCACUGAAGCCAUGAAACAGACGAUCCUACAGAUUCCGCAACCCGCAAGCCCAAGGCAGAUGAGAGAAUUUUUAGGAACAGUAGGUUAUUGUCGGCUGUGGAUUUUAGAUUUCGCCACAAAAGCGAAGUCACUCUAUGAGCUCAGCAGGGAAAGGUUGAAGUGGGACUGGACUCCUGAGAGGGACUCAGAUUUGAAAGAACUUAAGGAAGCACUCCUUAAAGCCCCAGCAUUGACAUUACCUGACCCCACUAAACCAUUUUAUCUGUUUGUUGAUGAGAAAAAAGGAAUAGACAAGGGGGUCCUCAUACAACAACAGGGGCCAUGGAAAAGGCCAGUAGCAUACCUCUCAAAGAAAUUGGAUCUAGUAGCGGCAGAAUGGCCCCCUUGCCUGAGAAUUAUUGUUGCCACCACUCUGCUAGCUAAAGAUGCAGAUAAGUUAACCCAUGGACAGACUUUGAAAGUAACCACUCCCCAUGCCAUUGAAGGAAUGCUCAAACAGCCUCUGGGGAAAUGGAUAACCAAUGCCAGAUUAACUCAUUAUCAGAGUCUAUUACUUGACACUCCAAGGGUGCAAUUCUUAGCCUCAACAGCUUUAAACCCCGCCACCCUGCUGCCUAACCCUGACCUAGAUAAACCUCUGCAUGACUGCUCAGAGAUACUCGCAGAGGUAAAUAUGGUCAGAAAGGACUUGCAAGACUGCCUGUUGGAAAACAGUGACUUCAUCUGGUUCAUGGAUGGAAGCAGUUUCGUACAGGAUGGACUAAGGUAUGUGGGUGCCACGGUGGUAAACGAUCGGGAGGAGAUUAUUUGGGCCGAUGCUUUGCUGCCAGGAACUUCUGCUCAGAAAGCUGAACUUAUCGCCCUGGCAGAGGCAUUGGAAAGGGCAGAAGGAAAGAGGCUAACGGUCUAUACGGACAGUCGUUACGCAUAUGCGACUCUUUAUAUACAUGGCGCCAUCUACUGGGAGUGUGGGUUCAAAAACACAGAAGGAAGAGAAAUAAAGAACCAGAUGGAAAUUCUUCGCUUGUUAUCAGCUGUGACCUGGCCACGAAUGGUAGUGGUGGUCCACACCCCAGGGCAUCAGAGAGGACACUCCCCUGAAGCAAGAGGUAACCAAGCAGCAGACCAGGCAGCUAAGAGAGCUGUCCUCCAAAUGGUACGAACUUUAAUAACUAACUUACCUUGCCCACAACUGGAACCCCUGCCUCCUACUCCCAACUAUUCCGGAGAGGACGUCCAGUGGGCUGAGAAAUCACCACAGAUAGAAAAAGAUCGGAAUGGAUGGUAUAUGAACUCAGAGGGAAAACUGAUUCUCCCAGAAGGAUUGGGACGGCACCUUCUCACACACCUCCACCAAGUGACUCACUUAGGGGAAUGGAAAAUAUUGGAGUUAUUGGACAAAGGACAAAUUUGUAUGCCCCAUCAGAAGCAAGCGGCUCAGAGUGUGGUGGACCGGUGCCGGGCCUGUCAGGUCAUGAAAAUAGAGAAGAGGAAGAACACACACGCAGGUACAAGGAGGAGGGGGAGGGAGCCUUGCUGUCAUUGGGAAAUAGAUUUCACUGAAGUUAAACCAGGUAAAUAUGGAUACAAAUAUCUCUUAGUGUUAGUGGAUACUUUCUCGGGAUGGGUGGAAGCGUACCCCACUAGAAGGGAAACAGCAGUGGUAGUGGCCAAGAAGAUUUUAGAAGAGAUAGUACCCAGAUAUGGAAUGCCUAGAACAUUAGGGUCAGACAAUGGACCAGCUUUUAUAAUGUAUGGGACGCCACCCCCUAUUAUUUCCAACCUGGAAAUAUGUCCCAAUGACUUGUCAAAAGAUUUAAUCUUGGAGAUGAAAACUCUCCAAGUAAUUCAGAGGGAAUUAUGGCCCAAGCUCCGGGCCAUAUAUGAAGGCCCUCUUAGUGAACAAGGGAUUGUCCAUGGGCUUGAACUGGGAGAUUGGGAAAUAGAACCCUUAGAUACCAGGCCAGUGGGUCCAAAAGAAGUGUUAAACCCCCCAGAAAAAGGAAUCCUACCCCCUACAAGAAAGACGGUGAAAGAAUCGAGCACUGUAGCUCCUGAUGUUACAGGAGGAUUGUGUGCAGCUCAAAGAGAAGAGUGCUGCUUCUAUGCAGAUCAUAUGGGAGUGGUUCGGGAAUCCAUGGCCAAAGUACGAGAAGGACUUGCCCUAAGAAAAAAGGAGCGUGAAACUCAGGAAGGAUUAUUCGAGUCUUGGUUUAAUAACUCCCCGUGA